AUGUCCAAGGCAAAGAGGGCCGAGGCACCUGAGGACCGCCUCCCAGAAGACCCAGUUCCUCCAGCUGAGCUCAGAAGCAACGGCAGCAGGGCAGACGGGGAGCCUGCGAGCCGCAACUCGGUGGUCAUCUGCCAGGCAGUGGGGAGAAGCAUCUUCACUUCCAGCAUCUCCUCGGCAGCGGAGAGAGUGAGCCUGAUGCUGAAGCAGGAGGAAGAGGAGGAAGAGGCAAGCCACCCCGUGCUCUUCAUACAGCUUUCUGAGCUCUUCAGCACCCCUGAGGGACUGGAGUGGAGGCAGACGGCCAGGUGGAUUAAAUUUGAAGAAAAGGUAGAAGAUGGAGGAGAACGCUGGAGUAAACCUCACGUGACAACUCUGUCCCUGCACAGCUUGUUUGAACUACGGACAUGUAUAAGGAAAGGAGCUGUCCUCCUAGACCUGGAAGCUGGCAGUUUCCAGCAGAUAGUUGAGAAGGUGAUUGAGACCCAGAUAGAGAAGCACGCCCUCAAGCCAGAGCUCAUGAAGAAGCUCCGCUACGUCUUGCUCCUCCGGCCUAAGCACCACGCGACCCGACCCCAGCUGAAGGUGCUGCUUGAGAGGGGUCUGGCCUCUUGCUUUGAUAAAGCUGACAGCCCCUCAGAUGCAGGGAGUGAAGUUUUGGAUAAACCCCUAAAGGAACAACUGAAAAAUCGUUUUAAGACGAAGAUCCCAGCAGGGGCCGAAGUGGCCAACAUUCUUGUAGGGGAAGCCGGUUUCCUGGAGAAGCCCCUCAUCGCCUUUGUGCGUUUGCAGGACUCGGUGUUUCUUGGGGGCUUGACGGAGGUCGCUUUCCCGAGCAGGUUCCUCUUUAUUCUGUUGGGACCCAGAGCCAAAGUGAAAGCCUAUCAUGAAAUCGGCAGAGCUGCGGCCACUCUCCUGACAGACGAGCUUUUCCAGCGGGUUGCCCGGAAGGCACAAGGCACAGAAGAUCUCGUUGCAGGAAUUGAUGAGUUCCUAGAUGAACUGACCAUCCUCCCCCCAGGCAAAUGGGACCCAACCAUUCGUAUUGCUCCCCCCAAAUGCUUGCCCUCCCCGCAGAAAAGGAUCUCCAUGCACUUCCGCGAAUGGGGUCCGCAUUCUAACGGGAACGUAUCCGCCAUGGAGGAGCGGCAUCUCCACGGGCACCAGAACGCCAGUGAGGAGCUGAAGAGGACAGGAAGGUUGUUUGGAGGGUUAGUAAAGGAUAUUCAGAGGAAAGCGUCCUGGUACUGCAGUGACUUCUACGAUGCCGUGAACAUCCAGUGCUUCUCGGCCACCCUCUACAUCUACCUGGCCACAGUCACCAAUGCCAUCACCUUUGGGGGGAUGCUGGGGGAUGCUACAGAGAACAUGCAGGGUGUGCUGGAGAGUUUUCUGGGCACGGCCAUCGCUGGAGCCUUUUUCUGCCUCUGCGCUGGCCAGCCCCUCACCAUCCUGAGCAGCACCGGGCCUGUCCUUGUCUUUGAGCGGCUUCUCUACUCCUUCAGCAAAGAUUACAGCUUGGACUAUUUAGAAUUCCGCCUGUGGAUUGGACUCUGGGUGGCCUUCUUUGGCCUCAUCUUGGUGGCAACCGAAGCCAGCUACCUGGUGCAGUAUUUCACUCGCUUCACGGAGGAAGGCUUCUGCGCCCUCAUCAGUUUUAUCUUCAUCUAUGAUGCGGUUAAGAAGAUGCUGUCCCUGGCGGAUCACUACCCCAUCAACUGGGACUACAAAAUCAGCAAUGUCCCCUUGUACAGUUGCACUUGCAAUGGGCCAGAGAGAGGAAACUCCUCUCUUCGGAAUGAGACGCUGUUCACUGCCUCCAGAAGCUUUGGAGAGCAGAUCCAUCUGGAUUCCGGGAACUGGUCCCUGCUGGCCAAGGACGAGUGUGUGCAACUAGGCGGCCACCUGGUGGGCAACAGCUGCAAUUACGUGCCUGACAUCACCUUCAUGUCUUUCAUUCUGUUCCUGGGGACCUUCCUUUGCUCCAUGACCCUGAAAAGCUUUAAGACGAGCCGCUAUUUCCCCACAACGCUGAGGCGGCUUGUGAGCGAUUUUGCCAUCAUCCUAGCCAUCCUCGUCUUCUGUGGGAUUGACGCUGUCCUUGGACUGGAGACUCCCAAACUCAUUGUGCCCAGUGAAUUCAAGCCCACGAACCCCACCCGAGGCUGGGUCGUGCCCCCCUUUGGAGCCAACCCCUGGUGGAUAUGCUUGGCCUCCUCGGUGCCUGCCGUUCUGGUCAUCAUUCUUAUCUUCAUGGAUCAGCAAAUCACGGCCGUCAUCCUCAACCGCAAGGAAUAUAAGCUGCAGAAAGGGGCAGGAUUUCACCUGGACUUCUUCUGUGUCUCCCUUCUGAUGAUUCUCACCUCGGUCAUGGGCUUGCCCUGGUAUGUGUCUGCCACAGUCAUCUCCCUGGCCCACAUGGACAGCCUGAAGAAGGAGAGCAACACGCGCGCUCCAGGAGAGCAGCCCAAGUUCCUGGGAAUCAGGGAGCAGAGGGUGACGGGCCUGAUGGUUUUUCUUCUCACCGGGUUGUCUGUGUUCUUGGCACCUGUACUCAAGUUUAUCCCAAUGCCUGUGUUGUAUGGAAUUUUUUUGUACAUGGGUGUGUCUGCCCUUAGCAGCAUUCAGUUAACAGACAGGCUUCAGCUUCUGCUGAUGCCAGCCAAACACCAGCCUGACUUCAUUUAUCUCCGCCACGUUCCAUUACGCAGAGUCCAUCUCUUCACUUUGAUUCAAAUACUCUGCCUGACUGUUCUGUGGAUCCUCAAGUCAACUGAGGCUGCCAUUAUCUUCCCACUGAUGCUGCUGGCUCUUGUGGGCAUCCGGAAGGCGAUGGAAUGCAUCUUUUCCCUCCAUGAUCUGGGCUGGCUGGAUGACAUCAUACCUGAAAAGGACAGAAAAGAGGAAGAGGAAAAACUGAAGAGGAAGCAAGACUUGGAUGAGAGCGACAGCGAGGAUUCUGAACGUAUGUAUCAAGAGAAAGGACCAGAAAUCAACAUCUCUGUGAAUUAGAGGGACCGAGAAACGCCCAUGGACAAGACAGAGGAUGAACAUGAAUUAUGCGCUUCCUGAGCAGUUUUCUGUGAGGCCUCGCAAAGCACCAGACAGUCUGCAAUGGGAAGUAGGUCGCCACUGAUGCUGUUCAGAACGUGGCUGAUGCAUGAAGGUUGUCACCUGAAGAGUGGAGAAGGGUGUUCCAGGGAACUGGGGUGUAAGAAAAAGAAAGAUGGGCAGUCGAUCUUCCUCCAUCACGUGCACUGUGCUGGGCCUCACAGGCCUAUACUGGACAUCCGCUAUUGAUUAUGAUAUGUUACUGAGCUGUUUGGGAACAUCACCGUUUAUGCAGCCACUGGUGUAUUUAUUUAUGAAACUGUUUGACAUUCCUCCAUCUGCUUGCUCUUCCGAAAUGCUCACUACAGUUAUGCUAAUAAAAUGUA